AUGGUCCGUUUUAAUUGUCCUUGUGGUUACAAAAGGUGUCCUCCUAAGAAACUGCGUUUUGAUGCUGUAAUUAUAAAUGGUUAUUUUGAUAAAAUGCUUUAUUUGAAAUAUGGCUUCUUACAGGUGCAGCUUGUUGGUUUGGAUGAAGAGAGCUCAGAGUUCAUUUGCAGGAACACCUUUGAUCACCCCUAUCCUACCACAAAGCUUAUGUGGAUCCCAGACACCAAGGGAGUAUAUCCAGACCUUUUGGCAACCAGUGGUGACUAUCUGCGUGUGUGGAGAGUGGGUGAAACAGAGACCCGGCUGGAGUGUUUGCUGAACAAUAACAAGAACUCUGAUUUCUGUGCUCCAUUGACAUCAUUUGAUUGGAAUGAAGUGGAUCCUUACCUUCUAGGUACCUCUAGUAUUGACACAACCUGCACUAUUUGGGGUUUGGAGACAGGACAGGUUCUGGGAAGAGUAAAUCUGGUCUCUGGCCAUGUUAAGACCCAACUUAUUGCACAUGACAAAGAGGUGUAUGACAUAGCAUUUAGCCGUGCAGGUGGUGGGAGAGAUAUGUUCGCUUCAGUUGGUGCAGAUGGCUCUGUGAGGAUGUUUGAUCUCCGUCACCUGGAACACAGCACCAUAAUUUAUGAGGACCCACAACACCAUCCGCUGCUGCGUCUCUGCUGGAAUAAGCAGGAUCCCAACUAUCUUGCUACAAUGGCCAUGGAUGGCAUGGAGGUUGUGAUUCUAGACGUCAGAGUUCCCUGCACUCCUGUUGCCAGGUUAAACAACCACAGAGCAUGUGUAAAUGGAAUUGCUUGGGCACCUCAUUCUUCCUGCCAUAUUUGUACAGCAGCGGAUGACCAUCAGGCUCUCAUCUGGGAUAUCCAGCAAAUGCCUCGUGCCAUUGAGGACCCUAUCUUGGCCUAUACAGCAGAGGGAGAAAUCAACAAUGUACAGUGGGCAUCGACUCAGCCAGACUGGAUAGCUAUCUGCUACAACAACUGCCUGGAGAUUUUAAGAGUGUAACAUUACUGCUUCAUGCCAAAUUGAGGCAGGGCUGUAUAAUUUCCCCUCCCCUCUAAAGUAAGAACAGCAGAAGUCAAGUGGCCAGUAUCUGUUGUUGCUUUGCAUCUACUGUUCCAAGAAACUGUUACAAGAAUUAAUGGCAGGUGUCUCCUGUCUCUCCAAGACUCUAAAAUGCAGAGACAUGCUGAGCCUCUUGGACCUCCUGGGUUCUGGUUUUAAUUUUUUUUCUCAGUUAAAAAGUUCUGUAUAUUUGUUUGUUGACUGUGUUAAUAAGCUUGCAGGCUUUAAGUUGCUGCAUAUGUCCAUGUGUUUGUCAGCCAGCUGAGGCAGCGCAUUCAGCUAGUUUAAUAGAUGCAAGUGUAAAACAAGGUGGGGGGAAAAAGACACUGAUGUUAACAGCCACGUUGGCAGGAAUCUUUGUUCCUGUUGUUUCUGCCUCUGAACUGUUUAAACGUUUGUAUGUUUUUUAUAUAUUGGGCUAACUUUCUAUUGAGUAAGGCUUUUCUCCCUAAUUCUUACUUUUGAUAUGUGAUCCACUUCCAUAUGCCCAAAGCAGGAUCUGUUCGUAGAUAGAAAUCACAGUAAUGCUGUAGGCCCCCUGACAGUAAAGGCUUGCCAAAACUAGCUGUUGCCUUGCUCCUUAUACCUGGUUACCUGGGCAGAAUCACCUGGUGCUGUGAAGUACCUGUUGCACAAUUUCUUUAGACUUUUCUGACACGUUAGGCAGUUGUUACGAUGGUAGGCCUUAUUUUUAAAUUAUAACUGAAUUUAUUGUGUCUCUCCUAAAGCUGUGUUAGGUAACAGAGUGGUAAUAGGUUUCAGAGAGAAGAUACUUGCAUGACUUGAGCUAUCUGUGAGGUAAAUGACUUAUGAAAAAAAUGUGAUUUGUAAUGGACUUUGGAUUGACAUUUCCAAUCAAAUGAUUUCCCCUUAGAAGACUUACUAUCUGAACCAAAAUAAAAUGGUUUCACACUUUGUACCUUGCUUGAUUGGCAAAUGACAUGAGCAAGAUUUUGUGGCCAACUCGUACAUUGGUGCUUCUUUGCAUUUGGUUUGUAUUCCUGGGAGUCCUUGAGAGGAGCAGGAAGCAAUCUUUUUCCUGAGUGUAUUUGUUUUGUACUGUUAGAGCUUGUUGAAUGAGUGAGAUGUGUUGGAAAAGCUGGUCUACUAUCCAAAUGAAAGCUGUUUCUCUGAAAGAAGUUUCCCUAAGUGAUGCAUAAAGUUGGGUUUAAAUUGAAAGAAGCUGCCAUCAGGGCUAUGGGUUGGUGCUAGUCCUUUUCUUUUGGGAAUGAAACCCAGGGGUUUCUGUUUGUUUUGAAUAGUGGGUUGCUCUACGGUAGUGGUUUGCAAUCAAAGAUGAGUGGAUUAGGCAAGCUAAAAAUCUUUCAAAGAGUUUUAAUGUAACAUAGCUGUUCAGGUGAAUGCUCCACGGUACUCUCCCAGUAAAGAUACGACAACUGUAAUUGGGCUGUGAGGUAUGCCAGCUGAAUUUUGAUAAUUUGUAAGAGUCAGAAACUAUCAAAAUUGUCUUUCAAUCUAGUGAGUAUCUACCUACAGCUAGAGGCAGCCUUAUAAAUAGUAGGACUCUGGGGAACUUGGCUUUUUUCAGUUUAUGCAGGAAAGGCAAGUUGGGAAAAGCGAUUGCUGUGAAACAGUGAAGCUGACACUGAGACCACUGUCAAAUACAGAACAGAAUCUGAAAAAAAAAAAAAAAAAGUUUUAUCAUUCUGGAUACAUUGAAAACGAUGAUUUUUUUUUCUCCAGGUUACUUUUCAACGUAGGGCUCAGCAAAGCACCACUUGGUGAAUUUGAUCGGAAUUGAUUAGUGAUAGCUCUAUUAUGUUACCCCUUUUAAUAUCAGAGCGCCAAGAGAGACUACAAUACAGUUCAAGCUCAUGCAUUCUCGUUGACAUUCUGUGUUCAGUUGUGGAACUUCUGACAAAACUUCACUGCAGCUAGUAAGAAAAUCUGACCUUAAAGUCAUGAGUGGCAUGUUCCACAGGCAGAUUUGAUCUAAACGUCAGAACAGCAUUAGCCAAACAAUUAGGUUAUCAUUCUUCACAAUAGCACUUUAUCUUAAAUUGGAAAAUGCUUGCGCAGAAUUAAGAAGUGAAAAUUAGGCUUUUUUUAGCAGCAGCAUCUAAUUGCAGUCACAGCUUAAGUCAUAUAAAAAUAUGUAUGCAGGCUUGGAAUGUACUGUUUAAUUACAGCACGUUAUGCCUACUGUUUGUGUUACUAAGAGGGUUUUUAACUUUCCGACUUGGAGUGCAAACCUAGUUGUUACUAGACAAGCUUUUAAUUUAACUUGCUGUGGAUUUGGGAAUGAUGGGAACUACCUGUAACACUAGUACUUUCAGUAGUCCCCUUUAUGCUUUGAAGCCUCAUUCUCAUAUAGAUAGUAAAAGAUGAAUUAGAAGAUGAUUGCUUCUGCUGCUUAGCUAAAACCAGCUAUUUUACGACUGUAGAGCUGUGCUUUAAAAAAGACAUGAGCAAUUUAGUUGAAAGUUGAGUCACUACGAGACUCCAUAGGCUAUACCUGAUGGCAAAUAUGGUCCAUUCUUACAGGAAUAUAAUCUCUGCUAUGUUAAGAUGAUGAAGAGAAAUAGCAUGUAUAAAGGGGCUAAUAGUCUGAAUAAACUGGUAGCUUUUGCUACCAUUAGAAAAAAUGCUUCUGUUGUGAACCUGAAGAGGAUCCAAUGCGAGUCCCCUCUACCCACAAAACUGCUUGAAGUUUGCUUCUGGGAUUGGCAUCUGAUUCCAAGCUCUUCAAAGGCAAGUGAAGGAAUUUUGGAGACUCCUGUGGAUUCUAAAUAAAGCCCCUAUCUUGUUUAUUUAGCCAGUCGGGCUACCUUUAAUAACAUGUUGCUUUGGGCAUAGUGUGUCAUUCUUCAUAUGAAAUUUAAUUUGGAAUCACUAGAGGUUGUUUUGGAACAGGGGAGUGCUACUUAAAAUAGCUUCUUUUCAAAGCAGUCACUUAGGAGGCUAAUGACUGGAAACCCAUGAAAAUCCUCAUGGGUGAGAUGUUCUGUAGUGCAAAUGGCGCUCCUGUAUAGGGGAGGAAGAGAGACUUCAGUGCCCUUUUGCCAACACCUUCUGACACGGUGGCAGCGAACGAACUGUCUACUUGCAGAUAAACUUGAACCAGCAAGAAAAAACCCUUGAGAUUUGUCACUGCAGUCUAUGAAUCGGAAGAAAUAGUUGCUCGUGUUACACCCGGCAUAAUUAAAUGAAUGUUAAGCUGGUGAAAAGCUGCCAUAAGAAUUGUUUUACUCCAAAGUUUAUGGAAACAACUGCUUCAGCACUUGAUUAUUUUUGUGCUUUCUAGAUGUUGCAGAGCAACUGCUUUCAAACUCCUUAUAUCCGUUGAGCAUAAAGUAGCAUUAAGGGAAGAGUCUGAGCCUCAGUGAGGUUAGCGAAGUAGAAAAUAACGUGAUGUUGUUGAAACAAGCAAGGCUUCGAUUCUGGGAUGGAAAUGACAUUUCCUUGGACUUUGCUAGUUCUGUAUCACUUCUCUGGCUGAUUAAUUCCCGAUACUAAGCUAUUGUUGGGUUGCUUUGUUCCGUUUAAACCAAGCUUUUGCUAGAUUCCGACUGUUACAUGGACAACCUGUUGCUAGCAUAUUGGCUCUCAACCAGAUGAUCUUGGUCAUAUAAAUUCAUUAGUGAAGUGAAAAGCUACGGGGGGGGAGGGGAGUUGAAUGUUGAAUUAGCGGGUUAGUAUGUUAACUCUGUAAAUGUCUAAAUGAAAUGGCCUAUGGUAGGUUGCAUCUACUGGACUUGUACUUCUGUGUGCAGGGACUUAAUAGGCAAGGAUUUGAGUGCUUUGACAAUCUAUUUAGAACAGAAACAUGGCGGUUUCAAAGAAUGAAAUGAAAGGAGACCGAUAAUACAGAUUGUUCCUUAUGGGACCUUGAAAUGUACUUAAAGGGGGAGGCAUUGCCUCUCAUAAGUCAAAAUUAAUGAGCCUUUCAGAACUUAGCUGUAAUUAGUCUCCUGAAUGUUCUGGAUAAUAGUAAGAAGAUCUAUUUUUUGCCUGUUGUCACAAUGGGAAAGCCACAUCAGUCUCAACUGUAGAUCAUUGCCUACCAGAGACUAGGUGAGGGGAAAGGUCUAAUAUAUUGGAAUUCACAGAUGCUCUUGUGCUUGUUCUAAAUGUAAAUUAAGAAAGCUGAGUGUGUCUGCUUUGUUCUCUUACAGAUGGCACUUUAACAAGUAUAUUUUGGUAAGGUUAGGAUCUACCAGAGUCUUUUCACGGUAGGCAUUUAUCUGUGUUGUGUAUAAAGUGUUUAAAUACAGCAGCUAUUGAACUCCUAAACUGGCUAUGGUGGUUGGUGUUUAGAGAGCCCUCAUCUGUCUCUAGUGAACACCCGAAACACGAGCACUUGACAACACUGUUAAUGUUGCAGAGUGAAGCGCUCUGUUCUGCGAAUGAUAGUCUUGCAAGGCCAGUCCAAGUAAUAUAGUGCUGCUUGCCACCCAGAUAGAGUCCCUUUGCUUUGCUUAGGAACUUGGCAGAGUUUGGGAAUCCUCUUUUCCACCUUUUGAAAGUGAUGGCAGUAAUGGCCGGUUGGUUGUAUAAAGAUGUAUAAGGUAGGUGGAUUCUUCAGAUAACUUAUUUUUGUGAUAGAAAAAUGGCUGCUGCCAUCUCUAAAUUCACACAACUUAGGUUCUUGAACUUGUCAGUUCCCUUUGUUAGCGGUAUUUUAACUCCUUUCGGUAUGUCCUGAAAGGAUAAAUGGCAGCAAGGGUAAGCUAUUGGCUCUAUUGUGCGGUAACAGGCCCAUCAAAAUACUGAAGGGUUUAGUCUUCCUAUUGCUUACUAGCAAAAUGGUCCUAUUGCCUCAAAUCCGAAUCAUGUUAAUCCUAUCAAUUAGCACAUAACUUAUCUCUGAUACAUAUUUACUGCUCUCUACUAUCAGACAGUAUUUCAGACCAGAUCUGAAUUUAUUGUCCAGUGGACGCUAAAAUGAGGCGUCCAAAACUUGUUCUGAAAUGGGCAAACUCCUGUCAACUGUGUCCCCAGUUUUCUCAGUCUUUGCAGAGAAUCCAGGGAAUCACUUGUAUGUGGCACUUAAAGAGCACUUUCUCAUGCUUGCUUAGAGAUGCAGCUGUAUUUUUUCCCCCUGCUUACCCUAGAGAAGUCAGAAAUGUUUCCUUGUCAAAGAUACUGAGAGGAGUUUAGCAUGCUCCUGACUAUUCCUUUAGGAAAAGAUCUCCAGAACUUUUGAUCAGCACCUUUCACCAGCACUAAAAAACAGUAGUUAAAAAUGCAACUGGACACACCAGUCGCUGAAUGCUCCUCUAGCGAUUCAUGUCAGACUAGAGGCAAGGGCACUUGUGAGACUUGCUCACUCCUGUCGAACUUCAGGAAAAUAACUGUUUGCGAAGUAUCUCAGUGGCCUUUUGUGCAGCCACUAAUACUCAGCAUCAAGCUAGAGUUUCCGUGCUCAUCAGAGAAAAUUCUGUCUGGCUUCCUUAAAGUUUAUUCCUUUUCAGAAAAUCUAACAAAAGAAAUGAUCAGCUUAUUUCCUGAAAAAUAUUGCAGCCGUGACUAGCUGUAAGCCUGUUUUCCAGCUCUCAUUCGUACCCACAAGUCAACAUCUCUUAGAAUGUGCUUUCCUAUUUGUAAAACAUGCAAGCCUCAAGUCUCUUCUGUGAGCGAUGGGGAUUGGUCUGUCAAGUCCAAACAAAGGCAGAAAUGCAAGAACGAGUGAAUGAAAGAGUCAAUAGUAGAGCUGUGAAGCAAUGCGAUGCUUUUUUGACAACCUGGUGAAUAUGAAUUAUGAUAUCUACUAUUUAAAAAGAACUGUUUUAAAAACACUUGGGUUGCUAGCAGUGUAAAAUGUAAUUUAAAUCUGUUGCGCCGAAGCAUUUUUAUUAUCAGUAGUCAAGUAGGAGAUGUUUACUUUUGUGUGUUUUUUUUUCCCUUCUGCUGUUCCCCUUCACAGUCCCGUGUGGUAACUUCCUGAAGGUGUAAUCUUUGUAGCAUGAUUGUACAAACAUCCAGAUGAAAUUCCUGACUUCUUAUUCUCACUGAAAUAUGUUAAAGCAAUAGUAGUUUUACUUCUGUCCUCUUUAUUUUCUCCACCUUCCAUACUGAGACUUGCAACUUUGUUACUGUACUGUCCUAGAGGAAUCCUAAUAUCCUGCUGUUCAUCUGACAUAUGUGUUGUUGACAUGGAUAACUGCAGUGUCCCUAUAUUCCUUUAUUUUUAUGGAGAAUAUACAAACGGUUUUGUUACUAUGGAUUUUAACACCUGAGUCAUGGAACCAUAUUGUUGAAACUGUAAAUUUUAAGGCAAUUUUCUGGAAUCGCUUGAAAGUGGAAUGUUGCAUCCUUUUAUGCUAUUUCCUGCUUCCUAUGUAGUUUUAUUCAGAUUUUUUAACCACCUUUCUAAGUUUCAGCCUCCUGUGUAUUAGGUACAGUAUUUUCUGCCUUUCAUACUUUGUAAUAAAAAUGGAACAUUUGUAGAUUGA